UGGCUUGGUUUUUGGGAUGCUGGGUCAGGUCACCGCUAAAGACUAGUUUUCCUGGGUCUGUGAAUUGACCGGUCUUUGGUGGCACAAAUGGUUUGUGCUUGACUACUAACCUAAAGUUUGGCGGUGUGAACGCACCCAAGCAGUGCCGUGGAACAAAGGCCUAGCAAUCUACUUCCAUAAAGAUUACAGCCAAGAAAGCCCUGUGGAACAGCUCUAGUCUUUAACACAGGGGGUCACAUGAGUUGGAAUUGACUACCAUGAUGGGUUUGGUUUUAUGUGUGUGUGUUGACCGACUCUGGUCCCGACGGGUGAUCCCUGAUAGUUGUGGCCAUUGUCUUGGAGGGAUAUGUGGGGGGACACAAAGCCUGAUUCUGAGAACAGCCGUUAACUGCGUGUGGGGGAUGCUUGUUCCAAUGACUUUGUCUAGUAGAAUCAUUGGGUACCUUCUGUAUCAAUAUCUAUGCGAAUAUUUAUAUUUAAAGAAAAAUGAUUUGUUGCUGGGGUGGGAGGGUAGUUGCAUUCCCCUCCCUCCCGCCGCCACAUAUGCUUUAUUUUGGAAUCUCCCAGCCAGCAGUGUCCCAAAAGCAGACUCCAGCAUUAUAUUGGGAAAUUCUAAACAGACAAGGCUCAGGACUGUUGAGGGCCCCACCAAAGAGUAACAGGGCUCCAGGGUGUGUGCUUUGAAGGUUGUCAUUCAGUGUGGGGAGCCACUUAGGUAGUUGGUGUCUGAGAAUAUGUGCCUUGGAAUGAAUCCCUCAGCAGUGGAUGGUCACUGUCCUUCUGUUGUAGCCCCCAAGAUGGAGUUCCUGGUUCUCUUCUCGCUCUACCUGGCUCUGCUGCUGAUUGGUGUGGCUCUGAUCUGCAUCUGUGCGAGAACCCAGUACUUGGAUGGCCUGGUCAGGGGAGGAGCACAGAUACUUUCCCGUAUAAUUCCGGAAUGCCUUCAGAGAGCCGUGCACAGAUUGCUCCAUUACCUCUUUCAAACACGAAACUACACCUUCAUUAUCCUGCACCUCGUCUUGCAAGGGAUGGUUUAUACUGAAUACACCCGGGAAGUAUUUGGCUACUGUCAAGAGCUGGAGUUCUCCUUGUAUUACCUUCUCCUGCCCUAUCUGCUGCUGCUUGUAAACCUGUGCUUUUUCGCCCUGAGUUGUGUAACCAACCCUGGAACCAUAACAAAAGCAAAUGAAUUACUGUUUCUUCAAGUUUAUGAAUUUGAUGAAGUGAUGUUUCGGAAGAAUGUGAGGUGUCCCACUUGUGAUUUAAGGAAGCCGGCGCGAUCCAAGCACUGCAGGGUGUGUAACAGGUGUGUGCAUCGUUUUGACCAUCACUGUGUUUGGGUGAACAACUGCAUCGGGGCCUGGAACGCCAGGUACUUCCUCAUCUACCUCUUGACGCUGACAGCAUCGGCGGCCACCAUGGCCAGCGUGAUCACUGCGUUUCUAGUCCAGGUGGUGGUCUUCUCGGAUCUGUACCUAGAGACCUACAUUGACACCCACGGACACUCCCAGGUUGUUGACACCGUCUUUCUUGUUCAGUACCUGUUCCUGCUCUUCCCAAGGAUCGUCUUCUUACUAGGGUUUCUUGUGGUGCUCAGCUUCCUCCUGGGGGGCUACCUAUGCUUUGCUCUGUACCUGGCCGCCACCAACCAGACCACUAAUGAGUGGUAUAGAGCUGGCCGGGUCCUGUGUCAGCACUGCCGCCACGAGGCCCAGCCCCCACCCACAGAACCCCGAGUUUUCCAGAACAUUUACUCCCAUGGGGCUUGGAGCAACCUUCGAGAGAUCUUCCUCCCUGCUGCACCUUACAAGAAAAAGAAGAAAUGAGAAUGGAAGAGUGUUACUGUCUUUUAAAUACAGUAUAUAUUUAUACAUAUGGAUACUUAUUUUCUAGGCAUGUUCUUUUGUUUUCUGCUUUGUGUUUAUGAAUCGGCUUUCAGUGGGUAAGGAAGGGAAAGGAGGACGAUUGUUUGUUGAGUGCCUGAUCUUUGCCAGGUGCCAGGUCAGGGCCUGGGGUGGAAACCCACCGGCUCAUCCUCUGUGCACUCAGCCUAUUUGAACUGAGCAUCACCGAAGGCCUGGUGCCGAGACAUCAAGAGGUGACACCUUAGAAGUUUCAGCUAAUGCUGCUACCUUGUCUGCCACCCUAGACUCUAGGCCCCGGGACCAAAACAAACCCAAACCUGUGGAUGUGGAGUUGAUUCCGACUCGUGGUGAACCCUUGUGUUGCAGAAUAUAACUUCCCGUAGGGUUUUCUUGGCUGUAAUCUUCACGGAAGCAGAUUGCCAAGCCUUUCUCCCAUGGCACACUGGGUGGGUU